ACGAAUUAAUUUUUUAAAACAAACGUGUGUGUAAACUUAAAUAUAAUUUGCUUUUAUUUUUUUCUUAAGCAAGACAUUUGAACGCUUUAUUAGCUUAACAAUGAAUCGUCGCAGCACUCGCAUGCCAAACUUUACAGCUGAAGAGGAAGCUGUCCUGAUAGCCUUGGCUUAUAAAUAUAAAAGCGUUAUUGAAAAGAAAGGUUCCAAUGGGCGCAUAUGGCGUGAAAAGCAACUGGCCUGGAGCAAAAUAGCUGCUGAAUUCCACAAAACUACAAAUAUACAGCGCGAAGCUGCAAAGCUUAGAUCAAAAUAUGAUGCUUUGAAAAAGAGCAAGAAAAUGAGCAAUAUUGGGAUUGGGAUGGCAACGGAAAUGAAGCUGAAUGUGAACAGCGCUGCAAUUGCAAAGAAUUUAGCUGUGCCUGCUGCAGAGCAGUUAGCUCCAAUACCAGCAACAAAUCUAAGUGAAUUGCAGCAGAGCGCUGCUCCUUUGGCAACUACUGCAGCUAAUCAAAAAAUAAUUGUUAUCAAAAAGCAAACUAAAAUGCCCACUGUGCAGCAAGUUAGCCAGCAGACAGCUACAAAUAAAAAUAUUCCGAUGCAGCCCUUAAUGCUGGACAUAAAAAAAGAAUUGUUAGCUUCAGACAGCGAUAGUGAUACUGAUGAAGAUGAUAGUGAUACUGAUGAUGAGAGGAGCUUCAACACGGCCUUGUCCAAAAUGUCAAUGGGUGACAUGAGAGCUUUAAAAGCUGCAAUGCAAGCAAGCGCUACUGUGUAUAGAGCACAAUUGACUUACUAUCGCAACAAGGACAAACGCGCUGAGGAAAAGCAUAGGGCUGAGUUGGAAAAUCUAAGAGUUCACCUGGAAAUUUUAAAACUUGAACAGCAAAGCAAAGCGCUCGAGCUCAGUAAUUUUAGCAAACAAUUUAAAUAGUAA